AUGGCUGGAGGUCCAGUGGUGGUUUUCCUGACCAUCUUUUUGGUGCUGCUGUACCAUCUGACCUGUGUGCUGCAUUCCAUCAGCCUUGCCAAGGAGAAUUUGGAGGCGGCAUACUGCCAUUCCGUUGCCUUGGCUGGGUCUGUGGAGAGACCUCUGGCUGGUGAAGGAAGGUGUUGCAGGCCGCAGAAGCUCUCCACGAGCUGCCUUGGUAAGAUCAUGACGGCCACAGCUGCGACGUUGUGGGUUCUCUUCCUUGCCGGCUACGUCCGGGCCACAGGAGACAACUUGGACAUUUUCAGCCAAGCCAACCUUGGUGGGGCCUAG